GUGUUAAAGAUGGCAGAUAUUGUUGAAAAAGGAGCAAGUAUCUAUUGGCCAGCACUGAAGAAUAUUUACAAAGAUGUAAAUGAAGGUCUGACAGAAACACAGGAUAUCGUGCUUUAUCUGAAGCCACUGCAAAAAAUACUUGAUGAAAUUGAAAAUUUGGAGUACUUACAGCUUCCAGACUAUGUGGGAGCUGUGAUGCACAUGCUGUGUCUUACCUGGGCUAACUGUAAUCACUACAGACACCCUGCAAGGAUCAUUGUCAUCCUGCAAGAGAUCUGCAACCUCUUUAUUGAUAUGACAAGGGACUUUCUGGGUCCAGAAGAGGUGAUGAAGGGUCUUAUGGGGGAAAUCACUGAGCUUCUGGAAAACAUCAGAAUGAGCAUCGCCACCCUGUUAACCAUUAGAGAAACUUAUGAACGGUGCAAAAUCAACAUGGACAAAUACUUCAAAAAUGGAAAAGCAAAGAACUGGGACUUCCCAUCUCACCUGGUGUUUACCAGGCUCAAUGCCUUCUUGCAACGUCUACAGACUAUAGAGGAGGUGUAUUCAGUGUCAGUGGAGCUGCUAAAGCUGGAGAAGGUGGACAUCCAGGGGGUCAGAGGCAACACGUUGGGAUGCAUGGUCUUCAGUAUCUAUGAGGAGUUUCUGGAGUUCAUCAAGAUAUUUGCAGAGUGUAAAUAUGAUGCGAUCAAUGUAGAUGACAAGGGCUUUGAUGAGAACUUCAGAAAGUUCCAGAAAAAAAUCACAGACCUUGAGAGACGUUUGGGCACCAUCCUGUGCCAGGCAUUUGAUGAUUGUGCAUCCACAGAAUCUGCUGUCAAGUUGUUGGAGAUGUUUGGCUUUAUCCUGGACCGCCAACACGUCCAGAGCCAGAUUUUUUCAAAGUACAAUAAGCUUGUGGAGAUGUUCAGCACAGAACUGGACUGCACAAAGCUGGUUUACGACACCCAGAUGGCAGCGGUCGAGGCAUGUAAAGGCAUAGAGACAUCUAAACGCAUUCCGCCAAUGGCCAAGAACAUGCCCCAUGUCGCUGGGAAACUCAAUUGGAUCCGGGAGGUAAAAGACCGCAUCCAGAUCCCCAUGAAGAGCUUCAAGGCUAUCCACCACCCCUGUAUGGACACGGACGAUGCCAGACUAGUGUUCCAGAAAUAUGAAGAGAUGAUGAGGCUGCUGCACCAGUACCAUGUGAGCGUGUACACAGAGUGGACGUCCCGGGUCGACACUGACUGCCAGUUCAACCUGGAGCAGCCUCUGCUGUUACGUGACACCAAGAACGUCCUCAGUGUCAACUUCAACAUGCAGCUGAUAGCCGUUCUGAGGGAGGUGAAGUAUCUUACUAUGCAGGGCCAGGAGGACAUCCCUUCCAGUGCUGCAGAUGUCUUUGCCCGGAACGAGACCUUCAGGAAAUAUGUGGGCAAUUUGGACCUCAUUGUCUCCUGGUACAACCAGAUCCGAGCCACAGUCCUGCCUGUGGAGUUUCCUCUGAUCACAGAGGAGCUGAAGGGCAUUGAUGAGAAACUUGCCCUGGCUGAGAGCACUCUGAGCUGGAACAGUGACGGUGUUUGGGAGUACAUCCAGCAUAUGAGAGACCAACUGCAUGACUUUGGGAGCAGGAUUAACCAGGCUAAGACCAAUGUGGAGGCCAUGCACCUAAUUCUGGAGGAGUGGUCUGUGAGCCCCAUGUUUGAGAGGAAGGACACUAAGGAUGCCCUGCUGGACCUUGAUGGAAGACAAGCAGCCCUCAACAAGAAGUACAACUCCAUCAAAGAGUCUGGCAACAAACUCCACCAACUGACAGAGGAGAAUAAGAAGCUGUUUAGAGCUGAUAAAAGCACUGAGUGGAUGGAGUACGUUGACUACAUCGAUGACAAAGUCUUGGAUGGUUUCUUCAAUGUUGUCCAUGUGUCUCUCAAGUUCCUUAUCAGUAAUAUGAACCCAAAGUCAAUUAUAAACCCGCUGUUUGAGGUACGUUUUGAGUUUGAGGACGGAGACACAUCAUUCUGUCCAUCCUUGGGCUACGGUACAUCUGAUGGCUUCUAUGACCUGGUCGAGAGCCUCAUCCAUGAUGUGUACAAAGCUGCCAAACUAGUCCCUCGAAUAUCAAUGACCAACAAAGCUUCCUACCAGCUGGAGUUGGAUGAGAUGUCAGAGCUGUCAGACAUGCGUGAGAAUGUGUUGAACCAGGUGGUUGAAGUAAUGAAGGAGGCCCAAGACUACCAGGAGGUGCUCUAUAAAUAUGCCUAUCUGUGGCAGGAUGACAGGGAUGAGUUCAUGAAGCAAUUCCUCCUCUACAGCAAAGUUCUUACCCCAGAGGAGAUUGAGGCGCAUGGAGAGGAGAGUGUGCCCCAAAACCCCCCCACACUGAAAGAGUUCAAAGAAGAGAUUAAUACAUAUGAGAAACUGUACAAGGAGGUAAGCAACCUUGAGAACUCCCAGGUCCUGCAGCACUGGCUCCAGAUUGACAUACGGCCCUUCAAACGCACCCUGCUUCACACCAUCAAAUGCUGGUGCCUAUUGUUCAAACAGUACCUCAUAGACAGAGUUACCAACAGCCUAAAGGACCUGGAAAGCUUCAUCAAGGAGGUGAAGGAUGGCCUGUCAAACACAGUGGAGGAAGGGGAUUACCAGGGCCUAGUGGGGGUCAUGGGUCUCCUGAUGAGGAUGAAAGAGAGACAGGUGGCCACAGACACCAUGUUCUCCCCUCUCAAGGAAACCAUCCAGUUCCUCAAAGACUUUGGAGAAGAGCUGCCUGACGAGGUCCAUGCUCAGCUACAGGAUCUUCCAGAGCACUGGAAUAAUGUGAAAAAGAUAUCCCUUCAAGUCAAGCAGAACAUGGCUCCACUGCAAGCAAAUGAAGUAAACAUUGUUCGAAGGAAAUGCCAACAAUUUGAGAUCAAACAGCAUGAGUUUAGAGAGAUGUUCAAACAACAGCCAAUAUUCCUAUUUUCGUUUGAAAACCCACACAAUGCUCUCGAUGAUAUUCAGAAUUACAUAAUGAGUCUGGAAAAAGAAAUGGAGAGCUUGUCGGACUCCGCCAGUCUUUUUGAGGUGAAUUUCCCUGACUACAAACAGCUCAAAGCCUGUCGCAAAGAGAUCAUCCUGCUCAAAGAACUCUGGGACAUGAUCCUUCUGGUGCGUGGAAACAUGGACAACUGGAAGACCACCCUGUGGAAGGAUAUCAAUGUGGAACAGAUGGACAUUGACACUAAGAAGUACGCCAAGGACAUAAAGGGGCUGGACAAGGAGAUAAGGGCCUGGGAUGCCUUCCUUGGAUUGGACGGCAUGGUGAAGAACAUGAUGAUAUCACUGCGUGCCGUGGGAGACCUGCAGAACCCGGCUAUCAGAGACCGCCACUGGCUGCAGCUCAUGACAGCUACUAAGGUGAAGUUUGAGAUGUCUGAGAAGACCACCUUUAAGGACUUACUGAAGCUCAACCUUCACAAGUUUGAAGAUGAAGUGCGCAGCAUCGUGGACAAGGCAGUCAAAGAGUCUGGCAUGGAGAAGACUCUAGCUGAUCUGGACAGCACAUGGAGCUCCAUGGUGUUUGAACACGAGCCUCACAGCCGGACAGGCACCAUGCUGCUCAAACCCAAUGAGGAGCUGGUGGAGACUUUGGAAGACAAUCAGGUGCAACUACAGACCCUGAUGACCUCCAAAUACAUUGCUCACUUCCUGAAGAAGGUGUCCAGCUGGCAGCAUAGGCUGUCCACAGCAGACUCUGUCAUCUCUCUCUGGUUCACUGUGCAGCGCACCUGGACCCAUCUGGAGAGCAUCUUCAUCGGCUCCGAGGACAUCCGUACACAGCUCCCCGAGGACUCCAAGCGAUUUGUCAAAAUCGACACAAACUUCAAGGAAAUCAUGGCUGAGGCAGUGAAGGUUACCAACGUGGUAGAGUCCACCAAUAAGAAAGGGCUUCUGGAGGAACUGGAGGGUUUGGAGACAGGACUGUCAUUGUGUGAGAAGGCUCUGGCUGAGUACCUGGAAACCAAGCGUCUGGCCUUCCCCAGGUUCUACUUUGUAUCGUCUGCUGACCUGCUGGACAUACUGUCCAAUGGAAACAACCCUGUUGAGGUUAGCAAACAUCUUUCUAAGCUGUUUGACAGCCUGUCCAACCUCAAGUUCAAGUCGGAUGAGAGUGGCAAGCCCAUCAAAGUGGCACUGGGCAUGUGGAGUGAAGAGAUUGAAUAUGUCACCUUUGACAAGGAAUGUGACUGCUCAGGACAGGUGGAGAUGUGGCUUAACCGUGUGCUGGAAAGUAUGUGUGCCACUCUGAGGAUGGAGUUUGGAGACGCUGUCCAGGCCUAUGAGGAGAAACCCAGGGAGCAGUGGUUGUUUGACUACCCAGCCCAGGUUGCCCUGGCCACCACACAGAUCUGGUGGACCACAGAGGUGGGCGUCGCAUUCGCCCGGUUGGAGGAGGGCUAUGAGAACGCCAUGAAAGACUACUUCAAGAAACAAGUGACCCAGCUGAACACUCUGAUCACACUACUGAUUGGAGGGUUGACCAGAGGAGAACGGCAGAAGAUCAUGACCAUCUGUACCAUCGAUGUCCACGCUCGAGACGUAGUCGCUAAACUCAUCAGCACCAAGAUAGAUAAUGUUGGGGCAUUCAUGUGGCAGUCUCAGCUGAGGCAUCGCUGGAAUGAGUGUAAUAGGCAUUGCUUUGCCAACAUCUGUGAUGCCCAGUUCAGAUACUCCUAUGAGUACCUGGGAAACACCCCUCGAUUAGUCAUCACCCCACUGACUGACAGAUGUUACAUCACACUGACCCAGUCUCUCCAUCUCAUCAUGGGCGGGGCUCCGGCCGGUCCUGCUGGUACCGGGAAAACUGAAACCACUAAGGAUUUGGGUCGAGCCCUUGGCAUUAUGGUCUAUGUAUUCAACUGCUCUGAGCAGAUGGACUACAAAUCUUGUGGAGACAUCUAUAAAGGUCUGGCUCAGACUGGUGCCUGGGGCUGCUUUGACGAGUUCAACCGAAUCUCUGUGGAGGUGUUGUCUGUCAUCGCAGUGCAGGUGAAGUCUGUUCAGGAUGCUGUUAGGGACAAGAAGACCAUCUUUAACUUCCUGGGUGAGAUUAUCAAGCUGAUCCCAACCGUGGGAGCCUUCAUCACCAUGAACCCUGGCUAUGCUGGCCGUGCAGAACUACCAGAGAACCUCAAGGCUUUGUUCAGGCCAUGUGCCAUGGUGGUGCCAGACUUUGAGUUAAUCUGUGAGAUCAUGCUGGUGGCUGAAGGCUUCAUUGAUGCCAGAGUCCUGGCCAGAAAGUUCAUCACCCUCUACACCCUCUGCAAAGAGCUGCUCUCCAAACAGGACCACUAUGACUGGGGUCUGCGUGCAAUAAAAUCUGUGCUGGUUGUGGCUGGCUCUCUAAAGAGAGGAGACCCUGACCGCCCAGAGGACCAGGUUUUAAUGAGAGCUUUAAGAGACUUCAACGUCCCAAAGAUUGUGAUGGACGACCUGCCUGUGUUUCUGGGGCUGAUUGGAGACCUGUUCCCUGCUCUGGACGUCCCAAGAAAGAGAGACCUGGAAUUUGAGAAGGUUGUGAGGCAGUCAGUGUUGGACCUGAAGCUGCAGGCAGAGGAUAGUUUUGUCCUGAAGGUGGUUCAGCUAGAGGAGCUCCUGGCAGUCCGUCACUCCGUCUUCAUUAUCGGCAAUGCCGGUACUGGCAAGUCCAAGGUGAUGCGCUCACUGAAUAAGACCUAUCAGAACAUGAAGAGGAAGCCGGUGAUUGUGGAUCUGGACCCCAAGGCUGUCACCUGUGACGAGCUGUUUGGAAUUAUCAACCCUGCCACCCGAGAGUGGAAAGACGGUCUUUUCUCCUGUGUGAUGAGAGACCUGGCCAUAAUCAGCCAUGAUGGGCCCAAAUGGAUUGUGUUGGAUGGAGACAUCGACCCUAUGUGGAUUGAGUCCCUCAACACUGUUAUGGAUGACAACAAGGUUUUGACUCUGGCCAGUAACGAGCGUAUCCCUCUCAACCCCACCAUGCGUCUGGUAUUUGAGAUUAAAGACCUGCGGACAGCUACUCCAGCCACUGUGUCCCGUGCUGGAAUUCUCUUCAUCAACCCUGCUGACCUGGGCUGGAGCCCGGUAGUGACCAGCUGGAUUGAGAAGCGAGAGGUCCAGGCAGAGAAGGCCAAUUUGUUAAUUCUGUUUGACAAGUACCUGCCAACCUGUCUGGAGAAGCUCAAGUUUGGAUUCAAGAAGAUCACUCCUAUCCCAGAGGUGACACUGGUCCAAACUCUGCUCCACUUCAUGGAGUUUCUGCUGGUGCCUGAGAACACCCCGUCUGACUGCAACAAGGAACUCUACGAGCUCUACUUUGUCUUUGCCUGUGUGUGGGCCUUCGGAGGAGCCAUGUUCCAGGACCAGCUGACAGACUACCGUGUGGAGUUCAGUAAGUGGUGGGUGAAUGAGUUCAAGACCAUCAAGUUCCCAUCGGCAGGGACUGUGUUUGACUACUACAUCGACAGAGACUCCAAGAAGUUCCAGCCCUGGACAGACUUAGUCCCCACAUUCCAACUGGAUCCAGACCUCCCACUGCAGGCAUCUAUGGUGCACACAGCUGAGACCAUCCGUAUCCGUUACUUCAUGGACAAGCUGAUGGAGAGGAAAUGUCCCGUGAUGUUGGUGGGCAACGCGGGCAGCGGCAAGUCAGUCCUGAUGGGAGACAAACUCCGUAGCCUCAGCACUGAUCAGUAUGUGGUCCAGUCUGUCCCCUUCAAUUUCUAUACCACCUCAGCCAUGCUGCAGGCCAUCCUGGAGAAACCCCUGGAGAAGAAGGCAGGCCGGAACUAUGGCCCCCCCGGCAACAGGAGCCUAAUUUACUUCAUAGAUGACAUGAACAUGCCUGAGGUGGAUAGGUACUUCACUGUGGCUCCGCACACACUCAUCCGCCAGCACAUGGACCAUGGACACUGGUACGACAGAGCCAAGCUGACUCUGAAGGACAUCCAUAACUGCCAGUACGUUGCCUGUAUGAACCCUACAGCAGGCAGCUUCACAAUCGACUCCCGACUGCAGAGGCACUUCUGUGUUUUUGCUGUGAGUUUCCCGGGCCAGGACUCGCUUCACAGCAUCUAUAACACCAUUUUCUCCCAACAUCUGGAAAUGAAUGGCUUUCUCCCUGCUGUUAAGAAGUUCUGCUCCACACUAGUCACCUCCGCAAUCAUGUUUCACAACAAGAUCUCCACUUCCUUUCUCCCCACGGCGGUCAAAUUCCAUUAUGUCUUCAACCUCAGAGAUCUCUCCAAUAUCUUUCAGGGUCUUCUGUUUUCCACGGCAGAAUGUGUCAAGGCCCCUGCUGAGCUGCUGAGACUGUGGCUGCAUGAGUGUGACCGUGUCUAUGGAGACAAGCUAGUGGAUGAGAAGGACAUUGAGCUGUUUGCCAAGAUCCAGGGGGAUGUCUGCAAGAAGUGCUUUGAGAAUAUAGAUGCUGGUUUCCUCUUUGAGAAGCCCAACAUUUUCUGUCACUUCUCACAAGGCAUCGGUGAGCCCAAGUACUUCCCCAUCCCAGACUGGGGGUCUCUGAACAAGCUGCUACUGGAGGGCCUGGACAACUACAAUGAAGUCAACGCUGUCAUGAACCUAGUGCUGUUUGAAGAUGCCAUGUCCCAUAUAUGUCGUAUCAGUCGUAUACUGGAGUCUCCUCGUGGUAAUGCCCUUCUAGUUGGGGUGGGCGGCAGCGGAAAGCAGUCUCUGUCUCGCCUGGCUGCCAGCAUCUCCAACCUGGAAGUGUUCCAGAUCACCCUGAGGAAAGGCUAUGGGAUCCCUGACCUCAAGCUUGACCUGGCAGCCCAGUACAUGAAGGCCGGAGUGAAGAACAUUGGAACUGUCUUCCUGAUGACUGACAGUCAGGUGGCAGAGGAGCAGUUCCUGGUGCUGAUCAAUGAUCUGCUGGCAUCCGGGGAGGUCCCUGGUCUGUUCCAAGAUGAUGAGGUGGAGAACAUCAUCACUGCCAUGAGGAACGAGGUCAAGGCCAUGAGCCUGCCUGACUCACGCGAAAGCUGCUGGAAGUUCUUUAUCGACCGAGUCAGGAAGCAGCUCAAGGUGAUCCUUUGUUUUUCUCCGGUGGGCUCCACUCUGAGGGUGCGGGCCAGGAAGUUCCCAGCCGUGGUCAACUGCACUUCCAUCGACUGGUUCCACGAGUGGCCAGAGGACGCGCUGGUGUCUGUCAGUGCUCGCUUCCUCUCCGAGACAGAAGGCAUCAUGCCAGAGGUGAAGGACUCUCUGAGCUUGUUCAUGUCCUUCGUCCAUAAGACAGUAAAUGAGAUGUCAAAAUCCUACCUGCUGUCAGACCGCCGCUACAACUAUACCACACCCAAGACCUUCCUGGAGCAGAUUAAACUCUACCAGAACCUCCUUGCAGUCAAAAGGAGCGAGUUGCUGUCCAAGAUGGAACGCCUUGAGAACGGACUCACCAAAUUAGAAAACACAUCCGCCCAGGUGGAUGAUCUAAAGGCCAAGCUGGCCAUGCAGGAGGUGGAGCUCAAGCAGAAGAACGGGGAAGCUGACAAGCUCAUUAAGGUGGUUAGUGUUGAAACGGACAAAGUGUUCAAGGAGAAGGCAAUAGCCAAUAGCGAGGAGCUCAAAGUGCAAGUCAUUGCAGAGAAUGUGGGAGUAAAACAGAGGUCCUGUGAAGCGGACCUGGCCAAGGCAGAGCCAGCCUUACUGGCUGCCCAGGAGGCUCUCAAUACUCUCAACAAGAACAACCUGACAGAGUUAAAGUCAUUUGGCUCUCCCCCGGAAGCAGUGGUGAACGUGAUGGGGGCUGUUAUGGUCUUAAUGGCCCCCGGAGGGAAGGUCACCAAAGACAGGAGCUGGAAGGCUGCUAAGAACAUGAUGGCCAAAGUUGACACCUUCCUGGACGCCCUGAUCAACUACAAGAAGGAGAACAUCCCAGACGCCUGCAUCAAGGCCUUCCAACCAUAUAAGAAUGACCCUACAUUCCAGCCAGACUUCAUCCGCUCCAAGUCACUUGCAGCUGCGGGUCUGUGUUCAUGGUGCAUCAACAUUGUGAUGUUCUACGAGGUGUACUGUGACGUGGAGCCCAAGCGCCAGGCCCUCGCCCAGGCCAAUGCUGAGCUGGCUGCUGCCUCGGACAAACUCUCUGUCAUCAAGUCCAAGAUCAAUCACCUGAAUGCUAACCUGGCUAAGCUGACUGCUGAGUUUGAGAAAGCCACAUCAGACAAGCAGAAGUGUCAACAGGAAGCAGAUGCCACCAAUCAGACCAUCUCCCUGGCCAACAGGCUCGUUGGAGGCCUGGCCUCAGAGAAGGUGCGUUGGUCGGAGUCGGUGGCCCAGUUUAAGAUCCAGGAGAAGACUCUGAGUGGUGAUGUCAUGCUCAUCUCCGCCUUCGUCUCAUAUGUGGGCUACUUCACCAAGAAGUACCGCAUAGAGCUCAUGGAAAAGUACUGGCUGCCCUUUCUCAAAGAGCUCAAGGUCCCCAUACCAAUUACAGAGGGGCUGGACCCCCUGAUGCUGCUGACUGAUGAUGCGGACAUAGCAGCCUGGAGCAACCAGGGCUUGCCUAGUGAUCGCAUGUCUAUAGAGAAUGCCACCAUUCUGUGCAACACAGAGCGCUGGCCGCUCAUCGUCGACGCUCAACUCCAGGGCAUCAAGUGGAUCAAAAACAAAUAUGGAGACAGCCUUAAAGUCAUUCGGCUGGGACAAAAAGGCUACUUGGACAGCAUCGAGGCAGCCGUGUCUAAUGGGGACACUCUGCUGAUUGAGAAUCUCAGUGAGACUGUGGAGCCUGUCCUGGACCCUCUACUGGGGAGGAAUACCAUUAAGAAGGGCAAGUACAUCCGGAUGGGAGACAAAGAAGUGGAGUACAGUCCUAACUUCCGUCUCAUCCUGCACACUAAGUACUUCAACCCUCACUACAAGCCUGAGAUGCAGGCUCAGUGUACACUCAUAAACUUCCUGGUUACCAGAGACGGGAUGGAGGACCAGCUGCUAGCUGCUGUUGUCGCUAAGGAAAGACCGGACCUGGAGAUGCUCAAGGCUGAGCUCACCAAGCAGCAGAACAACUUCAAGAUUGUACUGAAACAGCUGGAGGACUCUCUGCUUGCUCGCCUUUCGGCUGCCUCCGGGAACUUUCUUGGAGACACUGCCCUUGUAGAGAACCUGGAGGUUACUAAGGCAACCGCUACUGAGAUUGGGGAGAAGGUGCGCGAGGCAAAGGCAACUGAGGUUAAGAUCAACGAGGCCAGAGAGAACUACAGGCCUGUAUCAGUACGAGCUGCACUGCUCUAUUUUAUCCUCAAUGACAUAAACAAGAUCAAUCCCAUCUACCAGUUCUCCCUCAAGGCAUUCAGUGUGGUGUUUGAAGUGGCCAUCAUGCGUACAGAGCCGGCAGAUCAAGUGAAACAGAGAGUGAUCAACCUGAUCGACCAGAUCACCUUCUCUGUGUUUUUGUACAUCAACCGCAGCCUGUUUGAGAGAGACAAGCUCACGUUCAUCGCUCAGGUUGCAUUCCAGAUUUUGCUAAUGAAGAAGGAGAUCAACCCUACUGAGCUGGACUUCCUCCUGAGGUUCCCUUUCAAAGCCGGCUUGAGCUCUCCUGUUGACUUCCUGGCCACCCCGGGCUGGGGUGGCAUUAAGGCCCUGUCAGAGUUUGAUGAGUUUAAGAACUUGGACCGGGACAUUGAGGGCUCAGCAAAGCGCUGGAAGAAGUUUGUGGAGUCGGAGGCUCCGGAAAAGGAGACGUUUCCCCAGGAGUGGAAGAGCAAAACGGCCCUCCAGAAGCUCUGCAUGAUGAGGUGUUUGAGACCUGAUCGCAUGUCCUAUGCAAUCAGUAAUUUUGUGGAGGAGAAAAUGGGCAUGAAGUACGUGGAGGGGAGGAGUGUGGAGUUCGCCGUCUCAUUUGAGGAGAGCAGCUCAUCUACGCCCAUGUUCUUCAUCCUCUCCCCGGGAGUGAACCCACUGAAAGACGUGGAGGCUCUAGGUCGGAAGAUGGGCUUCACCUUUGACAAUGGGAAAUUGCACAACGUGUCUCUGGGUCAGGGCCAGGAGGUGGUGGCCGAGGUGGCUCUGGAACUGGCAGCUAGAGAGGGACACUGGGUAAUACUGCAGAACAUCCACCUGGUGGCCAAGUGGCUGGGCGUCCUGGAUAAACUAGUGGAGCGCUACAGCGUCGGUAGCAAUAGUGACUUCCGUGUGUACAUGUCAGCUGAGCCAGCCCCCACACCAGAAUCACAUAUCAUCCCCCAGGGCCUGCUGGAGAACUGCAUCAAGAUCACCAACGAACCGCCCACCGGCAUGCAGGCCAACCUGCACAAGGCCCUGUACCUCUUCAACCAGGUUACACACACACACACACACACGUUGGGUUUACUGUCAAGGUGACUGGCAAUUUGGAAACUUUAAAAAU